UUCAACAGUGACAAAAGUCGAUUCAAUCUGCACAAAAGCGAUUAUUAUUUUUAAAGACUUGUGUUUUUCUGCUGAGUUUCAGUGGAAUCAUCAUCAUUUUUCGUUUCUUGUUAUCAUUUUACAUAACCUCAAAAUAUUGUGGUAUAAGUAUAAACUUGGCAAUGGGGAGACCUGGAGGACUAAAAUGUGUAGUCAAAGACUGCAAAAGUACUUAGAUAUUCAUCAACAUACACCAUUGAGAUUUUUUAGGUUCCCUAAUCCUAGGACCCAAGAAGUGAGAAUGAAUUCAUGGCAACUGGCGUGCAAUGAUGAAUUGAUCAGGGCAGUCAGGGCUACUGAUUCUAUGAAAUUGUAUGGAAGCAUGAGAAUUUGCAGUCUACAUUUUGAGGAUCAUUUGAUGGAAAAGCACAAACUGAAAGAAAAUGCUGUUCCUACACUAACCUUGGUGGUAUCUUUAUCAGGCUCCAUACAUGAGGAGCAUUCAUAUUUCAGUGAUGAAAAUAUAGAAGUAGGUCAUUUUAUGGAAAUAGAUGAUAGCUCUGAAGAUGGGAUGAACACAAGAGCAAGAAGCAUUGGUACCCAAACAGAACCAGAUAUGGUGGACACAGGAACACAGACACUUGUGCAGAAGUCUGGUUCUCAAGUGCAGACAGAAAAGCAACUUUCAGCUAUCACACCAAGAAAAAUCAAAUUAAUCAAGAAAAUAAAUGUGCGCAUCUCACAAUCAACAGAUAUAGAUCUCAGUAAAUGCACAGAAAUGUUGAAAGAAUGCUGCACUUUCUCGUCAGAAUAUAGAAAUACUAACUCUGAAAUCGCUAUUUUAACUGCAGAGGAAUUGGCUGAAGAACUAGAAAUUGAACCUAAGCUUGGACCUAAUCUUAGUGCCACAUGGAUAAUUCAAUAUGUUGAGCGUCAAGCUGGUGAAACUGCCCGCCACGUGCCAAUAGCUCCUACAGAAAAAAAUCAGGUUUAA